UAUCUUAUUGUUAGAUGGGCCAUUACAACGAUCGAGGGUUUAGGUAACAGGCGAGAUGGUUACAACACAAUUCAAGCUACGCUGGCCGAAAAAAGUGGCUCACAAUGCGGAUAUUGCUCUCCUGGCAUGGUUAUGAAUUUAUACAGUCUCAUUGAUAACCAAAAGGUGUCUAUGCAGCAAAUCGAAAAUUCGUUCGGUGGCAACAUUUGUCGAUGUACUGGAUAUCGUCCAAUUUUGGAUGCGUUCAAGGGGUUUGCUGACGAUGCACAGCCAUCAAUGGUGAAGGACAUUCGCGACAUUGAGGAGUUGUACAAGAUAAAAGCUUGCCCGAAGUACGGAAUUUCGUGUGCAGGUAGUAGCUGCGAUGAAAAACUUUCCGAUGAAGACACAAUAGAUAUAAAGUUAGCAGACUCAGAAUUCUACAAAGUUUAUUCUAUCGACGAUCUUUUCAAAAUAUUUCAACAGAACCCGAGUGCUACGUAUAUAUUAAAUGGAGGAAAUACUGCACACGGUGUUUAUCGCUCAAGCAAAAAAGCUCUUUGCAUUGAUAUAAACGACAUCCCGGACUUGCAUCGCAUCGAAAAGACUAAAGAGUCACUGAUUCUGGGCGGAAACAUAUCCCUCGCUACGGCGAUGGAGACUUUCCGAAAGUAUUCAUCCACGAGCGGAUUUCAGUACCUGGAUCGCUUGGCCCAGCAUAUCGAUUUGAUUGCCACCGUGCCCGUGCGUAAUAUCGGCAGCAUCGCCGGUAAUCUAAUGAUCAAGCAUGCACACCACGAGUUCCCGUCCGAUUUGUUCUUAAUACUGGAGACAGCCGCUACUCAAGUACAUAUUCUAACAGCACCGGGUGCCAAAAAGAGUAUGAUGCUGAUUGAUUUCUUAGAAACAGAUAUGCGCCAUAAGAUCAUCUAUAGCGUGGUGUUGCCGGCGCUAUCCAACGAUUACGAAUACAGAUCCUACAAGAUCAUGCCUAGGGCCCAGAACGCUCACGCUCACGUAAACGCUGGCUUCCUCUUCAGACUCGACGGAAGCGGCAAGGUACUGGAGAAGCCUAACAUCAUCUUCGGUGGCAUCAAUAAGAAUUUUUUACACGCAAAAAAUACAGAGCAAGUACUGGUUGGUAAAUGUAUCCUCGACGAGCAAGUGCUGAAGACAGCCCUGGAAACAUUAGAUAACGAGCUGAAACCUGAUCAUGUGCUGCCGGAUUAUUCGCCGGAAUUCCGCAAGACUCUUGCUGAAGGAUUAUUCUAUAAAUUUGUCUUGAGCAUCAAACCGGAGAAUGUGAAUUCAAAACUUCGCAGCGGAGGUUCCCUGCUAGAACGAGGUCUCUCUUCAGGUUCGCAGGACUUCGAUACGGAUGAGUCAGAGUGGCCCGUGAGUAAGCCUAUACCGAAAUUAGAUGCUAUCAAACAGACGUCGGGCGAGGCACAAUAUUGCAAUGAUCUACCUCCAUAUCCUCGAGAAGUAUUUUGUGCUUUUGUCCUUACGAAAAUCGGUAACGGCAAAAUCGUCAGUAUAGAUGCGAAGAAGGCACUUACUAUGAAGGGUGUAGUGGCGUUCUUCAGCGCCAAGGACAUACCGGGAAAGAAUCUAUUUAUUUCGGCCGCCAGCAAGAUGAUCUUCUUGCAGCAGGACGAGUUGCUUUUCGCCGCUGAGGAUGUUUUGUAUACUGGUCAGCCGGUCGGCGUGAUCGCCGCGGAGACGCAUAGUUUGGCAAACGAGGCCGCAGAAUUGGUGGAAAUUAAAUAUACCAAUCCUCUGCAAACAAAGCCGGUGAUAAGCAUCGAGGAUGCACUCGCCACGCAGGACAACACUAGGUUUAUGCAGAGUGUCAAUACUCCAGCGAAGAAGAAAGGUA